AGAGAGCACGUUCUCGGAUUCCGUCGAAUUCAGCGGAGGAAACAUGCGUUCCCAUUCGGCCAUUGCUCUCCGUAAGUUUCUCUCUGGAAACCCUUUUCGGAUCUCCCAGAAUCCAGCCAUUUCGUCUUCCACGCUCCUCCUCCACUCCCUUAGCCCUAGAUUCUGGUCUCUCCCGACUCCAGUCUCUGGUUCCCAAACUUACUUACAUCUGAACUCAUCUUCGACGUUCGGUCGCGAAACUCGGAGGAGAUACAGCACCGACGCAGGAGGCGAAUCGCCGCCGGACGUGAACAAGGCGGUGGACGAGAUCAAUAUGAAGUUCGCGGAGGCAAGGGAAGAGAUCGAGAUGGCGAUGGAGUCGAAGGAGACAGUGUACUUCGACGAAGAGGCGGAGUGCGCGAGAGCCGCCGUGGCGGAGGUGGUGGAGAUGUUCGAGAGAUUGCUACGGAGGCUGCCGGAGGGGCAGAGAGCGGCGGUGCAACGCUCCAUGGGCCUCAAGAUCGAACAGCUGAAGGCCGAGCUUCAGCAGCUCAACGAUUGAUUCCUCCGUUGAUGGUGCGGAUGACGACGAGGUUAGCCCAAGUUCUUUUUCUUUCUGCCGAACUCGAUUCUGUGGUUUCGGAUUCAUGAUUAUCAUAUCUGCUGCUUCGAAUUCAAUAGAAUAUUUCACUUUUCGGCAAGUUUCGUACAAUUAGAAUAGAGAAUUUGUACUCCUCCAACUGUAAAAGGUGAGAAUUGGAUCCUUCCUAUUCACCAACACCAAUUUCUCA